AUGCCUGAUCUGUACCUCAACUUCAUCUACUGGCCUCGGUUCCUCAACUUCACCUACUGGCCUCGGUUCCUCAACUUCAUCUACUGGUCUCGGUUCCUCAACUUCACCUACUGGUCUCGGUUCCUCAACUUCACCUACUGGUCUCGGUUCCUCAACUUCAUCUACUGGCCUCGGUUCCUCAACUUCACCUACUGGCCUCGGUUCCUCAACUUCAUCUACUGGCCUCGGUUACUCAACUUCACCUACUGGUCUCGGUUCCUCAACUUCAUCUACUGGUCUCGGUUCCUCAACUUCACCUACUGGCCUCGGUUCCUCAACUUCAUCUACUGGCCUCGGUUCCUCAACUUCACCUACUGGCCUCGGUUCCUCAACUUCAUCUACUGGCCUCGGUUCCUCAACUUCACCUACUGGCCUCGGUUCCUCAACUUCAUCUACUGGCCUUGGUUACUCAACUUCACCUACUGGUCUCGGUUCCUCUACUUCAUCUACUGGCCUCGGUUCCUCAACUUCACCUACUGGCCUCGGUUCCUCAACUUCACCUACUGGCCUCGGUUCCUCAACUUCAUCUACUGGCCUCGGUUCCUCAACUUCUACUGGUUUUCGUUCCCCACAUUCAUCAACUGGUCUUGGUACCUCAACUUCUACUGGUUUUCGUUCCCCACAUUCAUCUACUGGUCUUGGUGCUCAACAGCAUCUGCUGGUCCUGAUACCCAAACCCUUAAUUUCUCAUUUACAGGGAAGCAGUUGCGAUGUGCGUCUCUGAGAGAUCCCUCAGCUGACAAUGUUACAAGUAGUGGCCCUUUUAGAAAUGAGGCUGAACAUGGUCCAGGAACAGUGAAAGCAGCUGGCCCUCCCUCCAACGUAAGUUUAACGGCCUAUUUUUCAAUUGAGUCGGAGCACGGUGGAUUCAAGUCCCAUUCUCCGGACGUGAGAGCAGAAUCCCGGCCGGAAAGCCCAGCACAGCACUGCCUGACCGCUGCUCAGUCUCAGCCUCAGACGUGCCCACACUUCAAAAGGAAGCAGCAAAGUUUAUUGCACGAGAAGCGGAUGAAACUGAGCUGUGGUUACAUGCUGUGCUUGGUGCUGCUCUUCCUGGUGGUGUUAUUCGCUGUGGCCGUGACCGGAGCUAUCCUCUUCCUCAACCAGUACCAUCACGCUGUGGAUAGCCCUCCUCUCAUCAGCACCGACGAGGACAAGGUGCCGGCCCUGGUCACCAUCGACCAGGCCGACAGCUCCAGGAUCAACAUCUUCAUCGACCCUAACUGCCCAGAUGCCAAGGGGGACACAGCCCAGCUGGAAGAUCUACGCUCGUCCCUUCUCACUGCCUUGCUCAGCUGCCAGGAUGAGCUGAAAGCUUCGGAAGGGCAGGACAGGGCCCUCCUGGUCACGGUGGCAGACCAAGUGUCCCGGCUCAUGACCCGCACGGCGCAGCUCAGGCAGGAUUGCGAGGCCCUGAGGCGAGACCAGGGCAGUUUGAACCAAGAGCUCAGUUUUCUUCAGGCUGAGCAAGGCAGGUUAAUCGAGCUGCUUUCAGAGACUCAAGCAAACUUGGCUAAGGUGGUGGGUUCAGUGGAGGACACUCUAGAUUCUCUCCAACGAGGACAUCAGGGAGGAGCCAUCAGGUCCCAGGGGAAGGCUGAUCUGAUGAGGGAUCCUAGCAGAGCGCACCCCCGAGCCUGCCCAAAUGCCCCUCGCCCUCGAGACUGCUACGAUAUCUACAUGAGAGGCCAAAAGGAGGAUGGAAUCUAUUCGAUUUUUCCAGCCCACUAUCCGGCUGGAUUCCAGGUCUCCUGUGACAUGACAUUAGCUGGAGGAGGCUGGACUGUUUUUCAGCGACGUAAGGAUGGAUCGGUGAAUUUUUUCCAAGGUUGGGAUGCUUACAGGGAUGGCUUUGGGAAGAUUACAGGAGAGCAUUGGUUGGGUCUGAAGCAAAUUCACGCGCUCACCAUUCAGUCACACUACGAGCUCCGGAUAGAGAUGGAAGACUUCGAAAACGCCACCGCGUAUGCUCAGUAUGGGACGUUUGGGAUUGGACUGUUCUCCGUUGACCCAGAGAGAGAUGGCUACCCGUUAACAGUGGCGGAAUAUUCUGGAACUGCAGGGGACUCCCUCAUAAAACACAACGGAAUGAGAUUCACCAGCAAGGACCAGGACAAUGAUCACUCGGAGAAUAACUGUGCCACUUUCUACCGCGGUGCCUGGUGGUAUCACAACUGUCACACCUCUAACCUCAACGGCCAGUACCUGAAGGGCCAUCACGCCUCGUACGCAGAUGGCAUCGAGUGGUCCUCCUGGACUGGGUGGCAAUACUCGCUCAAGUUCAUUGAGAUGAAGAUCAGGCCAAGGAAAGGCGGCCAAUGAUGAGAGAUUUAAUCAUGUGACCUUUUUACCCUUGAUUAUGGCAAAUGAGUCCAUGAAACACCCUGACACGAGUCCAGCUGAACAUUCACUUCCACACCAUUGUA